AUGAAUGAAACUUAUGGAACGAUAAUCAUUAGCGGAAAGCAAGUAGCCGUUAACACUUCGAAAGUACAAAUUCAAAACAAAAUUGAUAAAUUAUCUUCAAAUAUUAAUAUUGUUAAUACGUCAGAUCUCGAAUUGUCUGAUCGAAAUAUUAAAGAAGUUAUGAUGAGCAGUGCACCUGAAUCAUGGUCAAUAGAACAAGUAGCUCAAUGGCUUGAAUCUAUCAAUAUGACAGCAUUUAUUGAAAAUUUCAAACAAAAUGAAAUUGAUGGUUCUCUAUUAAUCAGCGAUGGUUUAGAUGACACAUUGUUAAAAGAAUUAAUUCCUCAAUUAAAGCAUCGAAUAACUUUCAAUACUGAACGUAGGAAACUCAAAUCAGGACAAUAUCGAAAAUCAACAAUGUCAGCAGCAGAUACUGGUGAUAUUCGCGCUAGAUUACAGUCAUCUGAGAACGCUGAUACAGAUUUACGAUCGGCUGGAAAUAAUGACCCGUUUUUAACUGCCAGUGGUACACAAACUCACAAAACUUUGCCAGCAGCAAGAAUUGGCACCAAGGCUACCUGUCCCAGGCCGACUGGAAAUGUUUCAAAUAUCCAUAACCCAAUUGAUUCAAAAUAUCUGCUUCAAGAUGAUAACUACAUCUCGAGUGUACAAGUUGAUGCUCAGUAUUUUAAUGCUGAUGAUUAUGAAUUGUUAAAAAAAUGGUCAUUGUAUUUAUGCUUGCCUCAAAGUGUCAAACAAUCUACCGGAUUAGAUCGAACAUUCAAUACAUUAGUAGAUGAGGCAAUCGAUGCACGAACAUUAGUCAAAGAAAUAGCUAAAAAUCAUUCACUAAAAGUAUAUGUCGUUGAUAGUUUGAAAAGAUAUAAUAGCUUAAUGGACAUUAUUCACAUUUUACCGUCAUGCACUGAAUUAGCGCUGACAAGUUUUCCAUCGCAACAUUCAACAACAAUUGAAAAUAUUCUUCACAUAGCAGAUACAAUAACAAAAUCAGUUUUAUUAACAACAACUAUAGAGUCAUUAUCCUAUGAAAGUCAACGUUAUUUUGGUAAUUUUAUUAAGAAAAAUGAUUUGCCAUUACCAUUUUCAUAUUAUAUAUGGAAUGAACAAAAAAAACUUCUUGAAUAUAAAAUUAAUUUUAAUGUACUUGCUGAAACAAUGUGUUUGACUACCGGUCAUUAUAUUUUACAAAUUGGUAGUGAAUCAACGAUAGGAAUGGGUAAAACAAGCUUGCUACAAUUUAUCUUUCCGGAUAAACGAAUCGAAACAUUAAAUACAGAUGGCAGUUCAACUCUUCGUAAUGGUUGUAUUGAUGUACUUUUUCCAUCGGAUGUAACAAAUCAAAAGAAGGAAUCUUAUGUUAUCUUUGAUGUACAUGGGAUAAUAAAUGCUUUAAAUGAAGAUAUUAUUAGUUCGAUUCAAGAAUUUUGCACACUACAAAUUUUCUAUGUAACUGAAGAAGAUCUUAAGAGUACAUUUUUAAAUUCUAUGAUGAAUUACUCAAAGCAUAUUCAAGGAAAACCGAUGAUCAUUAUCAUUUUUGAUCCAAACUAUGAUGAUAAACGUCAUCAACCUGAAAAAUUAAUUAACGCUUUUAAAUUAAAAUAUCAAAAGUGGACGGGUGUAAAAUGGGUAACAGCACCACCUUCUACAUUAUGGUUGCAGCAUGAUAGUAACAGAAGGAAUAAAGAUUUAGCACGUUCACAACGUCUGCUGAAAUCACUUAGUGGAGUGCGAGAAAGUCUAAAUAAAGAAAUACAACAACAAAUACAUUGUACAUCAAUAUUUUCUAUUCAAUCUUAUUAUAAUACGGUAAAAACAUCCACAAACUUUAGUCCACCUGUUAAUCGUAGUUUUCAAAUUGAAAAUCGUCUCAAAAAAUUAUUCGAGUCUUUAAAUGACCGAACAGAAAAUCUUCGUCUAGCAACACCAGUUAGUUAUUUGGAGUCAGCUAUAAAACAAUGUGAGAGAGAUUUAGAAAACUGGGAUGCUCCUCAAACGGGCAUUCAAGCCAGAAAAGAUAUGUUAAAUCAAGAACGAUCAAAUAUCAAAAGCAUCAAUAAUUAUACACGUUUUUUCAUUCAUUUAUUGACCAAAUGUUCAUACAUUGAACUACUCAUAACUGAAAUAUACUUAGAAAAAUGGCGAUCACAAUUUGAAUCAACAUUACAUGAACAAUUAAGAGAAGCUAAAAAUGUAGCUUUGAAGUUUAGUUCACAAAUUAAACAGUUAGAACAACGCUUGUCAACAGAAGAAAACUUCAAUCAACCAGACAGAAAGAAAAUGGAGGACGACUUACGUGAUGCUAAAGCUGAAUUUAAUAGACAACGUACACUUGUCACUCAAAUAGAUAAUAAAUUAAUGAAUAUUGAUUUGACUAUUGGUCUUUUUUGUGAUGAGAUACUGGCUUUAUAUGAAUUUUCUCCUCAUUUAUUUCCUUCUGAAAAGCUUAUAGAAGAUAUCGCUAAAACAUUAUCAAAUCUAAUGUUAAAAGGUUUUGCUUUUCAUAUACUUCGUGGUCGUCCAUUACAUUGCCGUAGUGAAUUAUUAAAAAAAAGUAUAAGUUUUAUUCAAACAAUACAACAACCACCUUUAGUUUUAACAGUUAUUGGAGAACAAUCAUCAGCUAAAUCAUCAUUAUUGAAUACAACAUUUGGUUGUAAUUUUCGUGUUAGUGCUGGACGUUGUACAAUCGGAAUGUAUAUGAGUGUUAUACAAUGGAGAUCAGAAACAUUUAUUAUUUUUGAUACGGAAGGUUUACUUUCAUUAGAAGAAGCUGGUCCAAUAUUUGAUAAUCAAAUGAUAACAAUGGCUAUGCUUUCUUCGCAUCUUGUUCUAAUUAAUCAUAAAGGUGAAUUUAGUACUAAUUUAAAAGAUCUCAUUGGUAUAAGUUUCUAUGCUAAACUACAAAUUCAUAGUCCAAUCAAACCAAAAUUAUUAUUUGUUUUAAGAGAUCAAGCAGAUCUGACAUCGAAGGAAAUAUUCUUUGGACAAUUGACAAAAUUGAAGGAACAAUUACAACUUGAUACUGGGCCUAUAAAAAAUUCAAUUGAUGAAGAAAUUGAUAUUCAAGAUGAAAAUGUUUAUCUAUUGCCUAAUGCAUUUUCACAUGAUGUAAAUGUAAUUUCAAACAUAGCGCAAUCUUGGAGAAAUCAAACAUUUCCAAAAGAAAUUAUUAAACUUCGAGAUAAAAUAUUUAAUAAUAUUAGGAAUACUAUAAAGCCACAAAGGUUUCAAUUUAAUAACAAUAUUCCUAUUACUACUACAUCCACUCCUACCGAUCCUCGAACACCGGCCAACGACCCAGCUUAUACAGAUAUGACACAUUUGUAUACAAAAAUCUGCAGUAAUUGGGAAACAAUCGAUCGUUUAGGUCCUCGAUUAUUAGCAUGUAAAACACUAUAUGAAAUAUCUAUAAUGGAAGAGCUGCAGACGAUAGCUAUUGAUAUAAUUCAGACUAUAAAUGUUACUGUGCAUGAAAAGGGUGAAAACUUGAUUAAUGAAACAUUGUUGGAGUUUUCAAAGAAGAAAUUUAUUGAUAUAGAUCGUGAUCGUAUCGUUGGAAAAUUUGAUCAUGAAUUAAGUCUAAUUAUUACGCAUGCCAUAGAACAAGCAAGAAAGAAUUUCGAUGAUAAAACAGAAAGAAGUUGUUAUCUACCGGAAAUGAAACUAAAAAUAAGUAAACGUAUGGAACCACCAAUUCGUUCUGCACAGCAUUUAUUAAACGAGAUUUUUGAAGAUCGUUUGCUUAGUCUGUCGAAAAAAGCUCGUCUAGAUAGUGCUCAACAACAACUAUUAAAUUCAGUACAAAAUGAGUUUGAUGAAAAUAAAAGUCUGAAAUCAGGUGAGUUGGAAACUCGUGUCGAAAUACAAUUUAAACGUAUCAUUGAACAACAUCACAAAGAGCUUGAAUCAUCAGUUGAAACAGAAUCUAUGAUUAUUAAAAAACUUUUAAAAUUUUAUAAUAAUCAACUGCAAUCUAAACAAGUGGCAACCGGAAGAGAAAAUAUUUAUAAUCACUUAUCUGUUAUAAAAGAUGAGGCAGAAUACAAAGCACAUAUACAAAAAUUUGAAAAUUGCUUGUCAAGAUCAAGACAAGAGACGCAACAGACGGUUCAAGCCAAAUCUCGUCGUUUUUUGAAAACUAUCAAAUCAUUUUUCACAGGAUCAUCACAAAAACCAAUUGGGUGUUUAUGGAAAGACUUAAAAAAUACUUUAGGAUGGUUUACCAAUGAUAAAAACGAAGCUAAAAAUGAGAAAAUAUUUACAGAAAUAUGGAAUAAUAUUGUACCAAAAUUUGAAGAAGAUCUUCUAGGAUUACUCGACCAUACGAAAUCGUUUUCAUCAGAUCCAAAAACGGUUCAGCACCUUUUACAAUAUAUUGAAAAUGCAAUGAAUACGCAAAGCAUCAUUAAUAAUAGUCGAUAUUUAGAGAAACCUAAAUUAUGUUUCGAUCUCGCUGUUAUUGGUCUUCGUAUCAUAAUUAAUAAAGCAAUAGAUAUUGAACAAACAACCUAUGAAUCAAAUUUACAAAAUUCUAAAAAUGAAAUGGAAGCAUGUAAAGACAGUUUAUUAAAACAAUGUAUGGCUAUGAAAGAUUCAUUUGAAUUAGGUCAAACACUGGCUGAAACAGUUGGAAAACAGAUUAUUGAUGAAAUUAGUAAUCUUUUACAACGUCGAAUUGAAAAAGAUAUCACAGAAGAUAUAUUUAGAAGUCAAUUUAUUAAUCAUGAGUCAAUACAAAAACAAGCCUAUGCAGAAAGUAUAGGUCAAGCAAAUGGAGAAAAUAUUCUUAAGUAUGUUUAUGAUAUUAAUCGUUAUUUUAUUGAAUUAAGUUUAAAUGAAAUUAGAACGACAUUACAUGUGGUAAUACAUAAACACACCUUACUUUUUGAAGAUUUUAUUAGGUUGGCCAUCGAUAAAGCGAACGAAGUCGUUGAGCGAAACGCAUAUGAACAUACCGGUCUAUUAAAUAAAGAUAUCCAUGAUGCGAUUCUUAACCUACCGGAUUUAAAACUAAGCCAAUCAGUCGAUACAAAAUUAUUUCAAAUGUUUUCAUUGCGUAUUGUGGUUCGCAUGCCAAUUAAAGAUACAGAACGAUUUAAACAAGGUUUUUCAAAUAUUCGUAAUUGUUACAAAAAUAUCAAAGAACGAGUUACAGAAUUAACAAAAGACAUGAAAACUAAAGCGUUUACAACUUGUAAACAGAGUAUUGCUAAAAAACUUGGUUGCCAAGCACGAUGUCCAGGAUGUGGAGCUAAAUGUGGUAAACCAGGACAUCAUGAAAAAGAAGACGUUGAAGUCUGGCAAGAUCCAUGUAAAACCUGUCCACCAAAUUAUUGCACUUGUAAACGCCCUGAUCCAAUUUCUGUUACAACUCAUGAAACAACGUAUCAUUUAGCAAGUGCAUUUCAUGGAUGGGUAUAUUACCCAUUACGCACACCGUGCCUUGAAUUAUGUUAUCAACGUUGGAAAACAAUAGGUGUUAACAUAUUGAAAAACUCUCAGUCAAAUGAUUCACAGACAGAAAGUGAAGAUGAUGAUCAAUAUGAAUAUAUAUUUCCAAAAGCGAAAUAUUACAAUGAAAAGCAUCCAGCCUGGUAUAAUGAUUUAAAUAGACAAUCAAUCGAACGUAGCGCAUGUAACGCGUCGAUCCCACCACCUGGUCAAAGACGUGCAUGGAUGGUUGUUCGUCAUACACUGAUUAAUUAUCAUGAAGGUUCCAUGGUCGAUAACAAAGAUUAUGAUAGCAAAUUAUAUCCAAUGAAUAUUGAAACUUUACCGAAAGAUUUUGAACCUAAAUGGAAAGAUGAGACUUUUGAAUGA